GUUGGCAGUUACUACUGUUCUUGCAACUAUGGUUACUAUGUCUGCUCCACCACGAGAUGCUGCCCAGUGAACUGUGGCCGCCCCAAGGUGCCGACCAGCUGUCCCUCGUACUCGUUCAAGGACAGCCAGUCACUGACGCCGUGCAAGCCUUUGCCAUAUCAGUCGCACUGCUCCACGGUCUACCCGAACAGCUGCAACCUGCGCUGCCCGACGUACUACAGCAUUGCGACUUACUCGGCAAGCGGCACGUUCAUGAAAAACUGGAACUCCAUCAGCGUGAUCGGUAAGAGCUACAACAUCCGUUGCCAAGGCAACUCUCGCUGGACGGUCGCCUCUACUAUUUCGCGCUUCUACUGUCGUCGUGACAAUGAUCCACCGGAGUGGCUGCGCAUCUCCAGUACAACUAUCAAUGAACACAGCCCGGUGGUCAAUGAACACAGCCCGGUGGGUACGGUCGUCGGCUACCUGACUACAUACGACCCUAACAAGUAUGACACCCAUGUCUUCACCGUGCGACCGUCGUCCGCCGCCAUCUUCUUCAGCGUUGUCGGCAACAGGCUAGUGGUGACGUUCGUGCCCAAGUUCAACCAGCACCAGGGCAUCACCGGCGAUGGCAACAGCUUCACCAUUACCGUCCGCGUCACCGACCGCGGCAGUCCGGCCAUGUACCGAGACCAGUCGUUCACCAUCAGAAUCCUGGACGCCAACGAGCCACCAGAGCGACUGCACCUGUCCAACAUGGCGGUGAAGGAGAAUGUGAAGGUCGACUCCACCGUCGGCGUGUUCAGCGCGUACGAUCCGGACCUUCCGAGCUCCACCAACCCCUGCACGUGGGCGGUGACGGGAUUCAACUCCGGCUUCUUCAAGGUGAGCGGCAACAAGCUUCUGGUGGCCAAGUCUCUGAACUUCGAAGCACAGAAUAACCAUCCUCUGCAGAUCAGCUGCACGGACUUUGGCCGACCAGCAGCCACGACAACGGCUACGUUUGUGAUUGACGUGCAGGAUGCGCAGGAGCCGCCCAUCACCCUAACCAUAAACAAUGCCCAGGUUGAUGAGGACGCCAAGGCGGGCCAGGUGGUCGGAAUGCUGACCGGCCUUGACCAGGACCAGGAGAAGCUCAUCAUCGCCAUCGUCGGCGGCCAGGUCCCCAUCACGGCCGGCGGCAGCUCUCUGACCCGUUUCGGCGUGUCGAGCACGACCUGUGCCAACGUACCGGCUCACGAUCAAGUGAAGGCGCGCACAAAGUGCUCGGCAAACCUGAUCGUGCAGCCGAAGAUCUUGGGCGCUGCAGCUGGCUCAGCGGGUGCGCUUGACUUCGAGACUGGCGGCUGGUUCCAGGUGGUGUUCUUUGCGCGCGAUGCCUCCCAUCCAUCACUUCACAAGUCGCUGUACGUCAACAUCACCAUCAAUGACGUCAACGAAGCGCCAACAGAUAUCUCCAUUCUCAACCUCACCAUUCCAGAGACGGCUCCAGGUGGUGCUCUCGUCAGCUCGCUAGUGGUUACGGAUCCAGACAACUCGCAACGCGUUGUCCAGCGACCAACCUGCACGCUGGUUCCAGGUGGUGAUGACGCCUACUUCGGCAUCACUGGUGAGUCUCCAAACAUGGAGUUGGAGCUGGCCCAGACGACCAUGCUUGACUACGAGGUCAAGCCCGUGUAUCGCAUCUCCGUGACGUGCAACGACCACGGCUUGCCGCCCAAGACCAUUACUCGCAGCUUUGUUGUCAACGUCCAGGACGAGAACGAAGCACCUCUCAACAUCACUCUGAGCAAUAACCGCGUCAAGGAGGAUGCUCCAGUGGGCACGGUUGUCGGCAUGUUCAGUACAAUUGACCCGGAUGUCGGCGAUAGUUUCACGUACAAGUUUGCACCGGGCUUCUCCACAGCUGCGCCGUUCACUGUCAACAAGGGUCGGCUGAUGACAACCGGAAAGCUCGACUAUGAGAAAAACGACAGCUACGUCAUCGACGUCUCGAGUACGGACCAAGGAGGCCUCGAGGCGAUUGAGACCUUUGUUGUCUGGGUCCAAGACGUUCCCGAGCCACCAACGGACUUGAUCUUGGAUGGCAACCACACUCUCCCCGAGAACAGCUCUGACAUCGCUUUCAUUGGAAACCUGAUUGUCACAGACCAGGAUGUGAACCAGGAUCCGUCCUGCAAAGUUACUGGUGGCAUUGAUAUGCAGUACUUCUCCACUGCUGGCGACAAUGGCCUUGAGCUGGUGUCCACUGCUGCAGGCUCUAUGUUGGACUAUGAAACCAUGGGCAGCGAUAAGAACCUGCAAGUGGAAGUGACCUGCACUGACCUUGAUGGACUGGGCAUCAAGAGACCAUUCACCGUACGAGUGACCGAUGUCAACGAGCCGCCUACGGAUAUCACCCUCACACCCAGCUCAGUGAAGGAAGCACAGCCGGCCGGUACGCUGGUGGGCUCGCUGUCCGUGACUGAUCCCGACGUAGGCCAGGCACACAACUGCUCGGUCAUCGACACGCAGCCGCAGGCCGGACAGCCACUUCUCACCUCCUUGUUCUACGUCAAGAACCAGAUGCUGUACACCAAGAAACCGCUGGACUUCGAAGCCACCCUGGCAUACUCUGUGGAAGUUGAGUGCUCCGAUAUCCCCACCGAUGGGCAGCCAAGUAUUACGUUUGACAAGCCCAUCAUCGUGACCCUCCUGGAUGUCAACGAGGUGCCUGGCACUCCAUGCGCUGCCUUUUCUAUUGGCGAGAAGAAACCCGACGGAACCAUGGUCGCCAUGCUGAACGCGUCUGAUCCGGACAACGAGUUCAGUGAUAAGCAAGUCCUGACCUACACGGUCGUCAACAGCGUGCCGUUCAAGGUGGACCCGUCCACCAACACCCUCGUGAAGAACGGGAUGUUGAACUUUGAAGUGAAGAAGAGCUACAAUGUUGACAUCAAGGUCACAGACGAUGGCACCAUUCAGACUGGCAAUACAACGUUCAAGAAGGUCACUCCGCUGAGCAAGACCUACACGUGUGUUGUGAACGUUCUUGAUAACAACGACCCUCACGUGUCGGCCAGCAUUCGUCUCGUGCCAUCGAACGCCUCGGUGACGGAGCACGCCGCGGCAGGUACGGUCAUCGCCAAGGCUUUCACCGACGAUGUCGAUGCUAGUGCCAAGCAUACGUACAAGAUCCUUGAGACGGACGUUCCGUUCACAAUGGUCGGCAGCGACGUCACCGUGACCGCGUCCGGUUUGCUAGUCGACUUUGAGGCCAAUUCCGAUGACAUUAAGAUCACCAUUGCUAGCACAGAUGAACACAAUCACACGGCCACGUGAGUGUUUGACAUCGUCAUCAACGAUUACAACGAGCACCCCACUGCCGUAUGCUUGCUUGGAACCACCGUGGCAGAGAACCAGCCGGCUGGCUAUCAGAUUGGCCAGCUGGUUGUGGAGGAUCCUGACUACCCGCAGAGGUCGUGCAGUCCCAUCCAGCCGCAUCUCGAACUGCCCAUCGACGACACUUGCGUGAUCAUUGACCAGACACCUGGCCAGAUCUACACCAGCCGCUUUGAAAUCACCAGCAAGCUGGCACUCGUGCAGAAGGUCCCGCUCAACUACGAGCAGUACACGUUCUAUGACCUGCGUGUUGCCUGCCGUGACCUCAACCAGCCAUUGAACAUCAUCAGCAACACCUUUACAAUCACCGUCACCAGUAAG